UUCUUUUUUUUUUUGCAAUUGCACGUAACUUUCAAAACAAUAAAAUUACCUGGAAAAUGAUUAUUCUAAAUAGAUGUUCGCCUAUAAGGCAGAUUCUCAGACGUUGUCAUCGUCAGGCGGUUGAAAACAGCAGUAAUAAGAUCAAUUUAAUCGCAUAUCUUGGAAAAUGGCCCGAAUUAGAGCAGCAGGAGUUCCGGAAUCACAUGCGGAUUAUCACGGACUUCAUCAGCGAUCCGGAGGAACAGCAGCUUCACGAGGAAAUCGAACCCUAUAUGAGUCGCCUGCGCUACGAGUUCGAUCACUGGGACGAUGCCAUCCACGGUUUCCGGGAGACAGAGCGCAAGAAGUGGUUCCCCAAAAAUCGGGAAAUCCUGGAGCGCGUGCGCCAAGUAGCCUUCGAUGGGGCCGUGAUGCCCUACGUUCACAUCCUGGAUCUAGCGCCCGAUGGCGUUAUUAAGCCCCAUGUGGAUAGCACCCGCUACUGCGGCAACACAAUAUCUGGGAUUAGCUUGCUAAGCGACAGUGUGAUGCGACUAGUGCGCACGGAUGCCCAGCGGUACCAUCAGCAAUCCACGGGCUCUGCAACGGAACCGGAACUCAAGGGGUCAGAAGCCGAUGCAGCUUAUCGCCAUCAGCCGGAGGCGUCACUCGAGAACAACUUCUACGCUGAUCUCCUGCUGCCACGACGCUCCCUGUACAUAAUGAGCCACACGGCUCGCUACAAUUUCACGCACGAGAUACUGGCCAAGGAGCGUUCCGAGUUCCAAGGCACGCCGGUACCGAAGACACGUCGCAUUUCCAUCAUUUGUCGGAACGAACCCUAAGAGGGCCAUUUACUAUUGGCUGGGAAUGCUAUGCGGUGCAGUCUGAAAUUGUAAAUACGGUUAUUCAACCUAAAGUUUAUUUAUGUAGUCUGUAGUUUAUAUAAAUUGUACUAUAAAGUUUUUAGUUGCUAUCCCUAAAUCCACUUUAA